GCCGUGGCUCUGCGCUGGGCAGUGGAUGCACGGCAGGGUCGCUAGCGAGCCAGUAUGAUUCUCCUCGCCGUGCUUUUCCUCUGCUUCAUUUCCUCCUAUUCAGCUUCUGUUAAAGGCCACACAACCGGCCUCUCACUAAAUAAUGACCGGCUUUACAAACUCACAUACUCCACGGAAGUUAUUCUUGAUCGAGGCAAAGGGAAACUUCAAGACACUGUGGGCUUCCGAAUUUCAUCCAAUGUGGAUGCUGUGUUAUUGUGGAGAAAUCCCGAUGGUGACGAUGACCAACUGAUCAAAAUCACAAUGAAUGAUGUGAAUGUGGAAAACGUUAACCAGCAGAGAGGAGAAAGGAGCAUCUUCAAAGGAAAGAGCACACCCCAAGUCCUAGGAAAAGAGAACCUGGAAGCUCUGCAAAGACCUGUGCUUGUUCACUUAAUUCAUGGAAAGGUCAAAGAAUUCUACUCGUACCAGAAUGAGCCUGUGGCCAUAGAAAACCUCAAAAGAGGCCUGGCCAGCUUGUUUCAGAUGCAGUUGAGCUCUGGGACCACCAACGAGGUCGAUAUCUCUGGGGACUGCAAAGUGACAUACCAAGCUCAUCAAGACAAAGUGAUUAAAAUCAAGGCUUUGGAGUCAUGCAAAAUAGCAAGAUCUGGAUUUACUACUACAAAUCAGGUCUUGGGGGUCAGUUCAAAAGCCACCUCUGUCACUACCUAUAAGAUAGAAGACAGCUUCGUUGUUGCUGUAAUGGCAGAAGAGACUCAUGCUUUUGGGCUGAAUUUCCUACGAACUGUGACAGGCAAAAUAGUUUCAAAGCAGAAAUUGGAGUUGAAGACAACUGAUGCAGGACCAAGACUGAUGCCAGGAAAGCACGUUGCUGCCGUAGUUCAAGCAGUCAACUCCAAGUACACGGCCCGUCCCAUUGUGGGGCAGACCUUCCCGAGCAAGUGCAAAGGAUGCCCAUCGCUCUUGGAUCGCUGGCAGUCUACCAGGAAACACCUACUCCCUGACAACCUCUCCAAGGCCCAGGCUGUCCGAAGCUUCCUGACCUUUAUCCAGCACCUUAGGACAGCAAAGAAAGAAGAGAUUCUUGAGAUCCUAAAGAAGGAAGAUAAAGAAGUACUACCUCAGCUGGUGGAUGCUGUCACCUCUGCCCAGACUCCAGACUCAUUAGAAGCCAUUUUGAACUUUUUGGAUUUCAAAAGCAGCAGUAGCAUCAUCCUCCAGGAGAGGUUUCUCUAUGCUUGUGGGUUUGCCUCCCACCCCAACGAAGCGCUGCUGAAAGCCCUCAUUACUACAUUCAAAGGUUCCUUUGGGAGCAGUGACAUCAGAGAGACUGUGAUGAUCAUCAUUGGGGCGCUGGUCAGGAAGCUGUGCCAGAAUGACGGCUGUAAACUCAAAGCAGUGGUGGAAGCCAAGAAGCUGAUUCUGGGAGGACUCGAAAGGCCGGAGAAAAAAGAGGACACCACGAUGUACCUGCUGGCUCUGAAGAAUGCACUGCUUCCCGAAGGCAUCCCCAUGCUUCUGAAGUAUGCUGAGGCUGGCGAGGGACCAGUCAGCCACCUGGCUACCACCACGCUCCAGAGAUAUGACGUCCCUUUCAUCACGGAGGAGGUGAAGAAGACUUUGAACAGGAUAUACCACCAGAACCAUCGAGUUCAUGAAAAAACGGUCCGUACCACGGCAGCUGCUAUCAUUUUGAAUAGUAACCCAUCCUACAUAGAAGUGAAAAACCUCAUUCUUUCUAUCGGCGAGCUUCCCAAGGAAAUGAACAAAUACAUGCUCGCCAUUGUGCAUGACCUCCUACGUUUUGAGAUGCCUGCAAGCAAAAUGGUCCGUCGCGUUCUGAAGGAAAUGAUUGUUCAUAAUUAUGACCGUUUCUCGAAGAGCGGCUCCUCCUCAGCCUAUACUGGCUACAUAGAACGUAAUCCCUACUCAGCAUCUACCUACAGCCUUGAUAUUCUUUACUCUGGUUCCGGCAUCCUAAGGAGGAGUAACCUGAACAUCUUUCAGCACCUUGGGAAAGCUCAUCUCCAUGCUAGCCAGGAAAUUCAGCUGCAGUCUGGACUGAAGGCCAAUACAGAUGUCCAGGGCGGUCUGGCUAUUGAUAUUUCAGGUUCAAUGGAGUUUAGUCUGUGGUAUCGUGAGUCUAAAACCCGAGUCAAAAACCGGGUGGCUGUGGUUGUAACUGGUGACAUCACAGUGGACUCCUCUUUUGUGAAAACGGGCCUGGAAAUCAGCGGGGAGACAGAAACCGGGCUGGAGUUCAUCUCAACAGUGCAGUUUUCUCAGUACCCAUUCUUAGUUUGCAUGCAGAUGGACAAGGACGCGGUUCCCUUCAGGCAGUUUGAGACAAAAUAUGAAAGGCUGUCCACAGGCAAAGGUUAUGUGCUUCGGAAGAGGAAAGAAAGGCUGGUCACAGGAUCCGAAUUCCCUCUGCACCAAGAGAACUCUGAUAUGUGCAAGUUGGUGUUUGCCCCUGAACCGGAGACGGCGUCCAAUGGCUGGUUUUGAGCCUCAUCUCUGAUCCUUGGCUUGAAUCCGUCUCCCUGCAAGGGAUAGCGUGUGACACGUGUAUGUCCUAGCUCUGUGAGAGCACAGUGUUUACAUAUUUACCUGUAUUUAAGAUUUUUGUAAAAGCUUUGAACAACCUGAAAUGUUAAAAUUUGGACCUAUUCGAUAUGGUGUCAUUUUGAAUUCAUACAUGCGACACUUUUAGCUAAAUUAGUAGUUUUUUGUACCAGUCUUAAAUCCCAUUUGAUAUACUGAGAAUAGUUUUGCUCUAAGAACAAAACAUUGUUUGUAAAAAAAACAACAACAAAACACUCAGAAGAUGCUUUUUGUUUAACAAUUUUCAACCAAUGUAUAUGAAGACCCUUUUUUUGACAGAACAUUAAAUGUGACUUGAUUUCUACCAUAUAUGUUGCUUAAUCAUAUAAGGGGAAAAAUAAAACAAAACAAGCUUUUCUUGUUCUUUUCGGGAUUUGGGGGUUUUAAAAGACUUUUGUCAUUCAACUUUAGGAAGGAAUAAUUCUGCCUUCUGUUAGUAAUUUCAUUAAGUAUUACAUAACAGGUGCUCAGAAUCAGGACACGCAAUAUCACUUGUCUUUUUAUGGAUGAUGGGGUCAGACUUCUAGAGAAAAAAAAAGCCGUUCCAUCUUCUUCCUCCAGCACGGUAAAAAAAAAAAAUUUUUUUUUUAAAAUAUUGAUGCUUGCAAAAUUAACUUCAGAAACUCCAUGUGAUUUCUUUUAUUCUGUGUUCCUUUGAGCCUGUGGUGUAGUACCGUGUCCUUUGUAAAGGACAGACCCACAUAGAUACACAUGUGUAUCUUUGCCUCUCUUGUUUUGUGAUGGAGUUUGCAGUCUUUUCGCUACAAUCACAGAUCUAAUUUAAUCUAGCUUUAGAAAAUUGAUGGAUUAAGGUUUCUGAAAAGGAGAAAUCAGGAAAGAAUGCCUUUCUUUGUACAAAUUGAAAGGACCCUGUCACACAUUAUCACUUAUUUAUUAAUAGACAGACACAUGUUUAUAGUGACAAACCCGUGAUGGGUACUUGUCCGUCCAUAGACCUAUGUGGUAUAACACUCAGAGAACACAUCAUCAGCUGUAAAUUGAAAAUGAAAUGUCAUGAAAUAAACAUGUGGAAGUUCUAUUGAA